AUGUCUACUGCCAAGAACAAGAAGGAGGAUUUAUUCGGUCUCGAAAACGACACUGAGGAAGAGGACGUAUCUUUGGACGAAGAGGAGCAAGAAGAUAGUCGUUUCUCGGCAGCUCGUCUUCAAAAGCAAUCUCUUGACAGCGAUGCUAGCGAUGCCAGCGAUGCCAGCGACGACGAUGAAGAAGAUGAGGAUGACGACAACGAUACACAAAACAAGGCCGAAGACGAAGCAGAGAUAGAAACAAAGGCCAAGCAAGACGGCACUGAUUCUUUAUCAGACAGUGACGAUGAUAUGGAGAAUGAGGAAGGAUUUGAUGCGCCUGAAGACAAGAAGAGAAAGAAAAACUUAUCCAAAAAGCUCAAAAAGCUGACACCUGAAGAGCUGGAAAAAUUUGAGAAGGCCAGAAAGAGAACUGGUGUUUGCUACUUGUCUCGCAUUCCACCCUUCAUGCGACCCAAAAAAGUUCGAUCAUUGCUGGAAAAGCACGCAGAAAUCGGACGCAUCUACCUCGUUCCUGAAGACGCCAAGAUUGCAGCACGCCGUAAAAAGUACACAAAGAACAAGCGAGCCAAUUUUGUUGAAGGAUGGGUUGAGUUCAAGGACAAGAAGCGUGCAAAGGCAUUAGCUGAAUAUUUGAAUACGAGACCAAUGGGUGGAAAACGAACAAGCCCUUAUCACGACGAAUUGUGGAGCAUCAAAUACUUGAACAAAUUCAAAUGGCACAACUUGACAGAACACAUGGCUCAUGAGAAGCAAGCUCGCAAACAGCGUCUUCGCAACGAAAUUGCUCAAGCUAACCGUGAAAACAAGACCUAUAUUCAGAAUGUGGAGCGCGCCAAGAUGUUGGAGAAUAUGGAGCAAAAGAAACGCAAACGUGAAGCAGCAUCUGAUACCAACACAGCAAACGAACAGAAGCCACAAAAGAUUCAAAGAACAUUUGCACAAAGAGCCAAAGUGGAUCGCGAAGUGGAUCCUUCAAAGUUGGGCAAGAAAUCACUUGACAAGGUGGAUCCAUCUGUAAAGAGCAUUAUUGGAAACAUCUUUACCAAGAAUUAA